CUAUACAGUGUCCAAUAUCCACUCGUUGUGCAAUUUCACUUAAGUCACACGUACCAUUCAAUUCAUUCCUAGUUGCCGAAUAAUACGGAGAUAAAUUAUGUCUUUAGCUCUUGAUCAGCAGUUUCUCGAGCAAAGCGAAGGGAAAAAUCUUAAACUUCAUUCACAGCAACCUGUUCCUGCCAUUCACCCAACUCUGAAAAAAGAUAGACAAUUUCUAGUUUAUUUUAGUCCACCCGUUCGGAAUUGCGAUGAAGCAGAAAAAGAAGAAUGGAUGGAAUUUAUUAGAUAUAUUAUCGAAGAUUUACAAUGGCUGUUAAAAAUAUCACAUCAACAGUUCUGGGUUCAAAUUAUCUUUGAUGUCACAUGUCAAAAGCUAAUAGAAUCUUUCCUCUGUAAUUCCCCAAGACCUUACGACAAUUACGAAUAUGCAGACGAAACUAUACAAAAAUUACAACACCGUGUUUAUGAGUUAGUCUUCAAGGUGUGCCUUAGAUUUUCUACACAUAAAGAAAGUAAUGAACAUUUUCUGACCCCAAAAAUAUUUGGUGAUAUUUUAUAUGAAAACUUUAUUUGGGAUAUACCAAAAUUGUUCGAUUUUUGCUCCAUUUACGCAGCAUCAAAUGAAAAAUUAGUAAAUAAAGUAGUUCAUAAUAUAUUUAACAACCAAACGAAAUACAACGACGACCUUAAAGAAUCUAUAAAAGGAAUAGGAAAAGCUUUAGAUAGAGUAACAGAAGAAAUAUUUGGCUCGGAAAACGAACCAUCUACAACUAACGUCACAGCAGAAAAUAAUAAGCUAGAGGAUAUUAUACAUUAUUUAUUAGAUACCAGCAAAAGUAUCGAAUACUUUUUGACUUCUCACGAAGAGUCGAGUAUUGAAUUUUUUCGGGAAGAAUUUCAUUAUAAAAUUGCAGAUUUCUAUUCAUUUGUUUUGUGUAGUUUAGCAAAACAUCUUGCAGAAGACGAAAAGAACACUACAAUCUUACAAAAGUUAUCAAUUGUAAAGUAUAGUUUUAUCAUAAAUUUUCGAAAAAUUAUUUAUCAUGGAAAUUUGAAAGAACUAUCGGACGAAAGUAAAAUGAAUAAGAAGACGGCUAGAACUGCUAUAGAAAUGUUUCAGUUUAUUUUAGAGAAGGAUGAUUUUGCAAAGGACUACUGUGUCCUUCACGAUUUUAGCACCGAUAGUCUUUUGUUAUGGAAAUACGUGCAGAAUAAAACAGUUCACGAAAGGGAAUUGGCAUUUUUAACAUCCGGAUUCGACUCCCUGACACCAGUCGGUAAAUCGUCACAAGAAAAUUUAGGGGUUCCUGUAGGCGAUGUUGAUGGUGCUAUGGCGGGGGCGUCUAAUGCAGGUGAAAUAGAGCCGUCUAGUUUUGGCGCCGAAGGCAUCGACAUAACUAGCUAUUUGAGGGAGGUUAAAGAAAUUUUACCAGAUUUAAGAGACAAUUUCAUCAGAGAGCAACUAGAAAUCUACGAUAAUAACGUUGAAAGAGUAGUACAAGCUGUUUUAGAAGGAAACGCAGUACAAAGCGAAGUUAAACAAGCAGCUCAACAGGAAACUAUUAAUGUUCCGGAAAACAUUAGGCAAAGAGCUAAUAUAUUUGAUGGUGAUGAAUUUGACAUUUUCUCUCGAAACGAUAUCGAUGUCAAUAAAAUACAUAAGGGAAAAAAAGAACACUCUGUCAAUGUAAAAGAUCAAGAGGCUACAGAAACAACAAAAACACUUGCAGUCAUGUACGAGAUAGACAAUGGUGAACCUAUCGAGAACGAAUAUGAUGACGAGUACGAUGACACGUAUGACGCUCAUGACGUUGGGGCCCAGGAUAAUGAUUCGGAAGAUGACUAUAGAAGAUCUUUUGUUAUCCCACGAGUUUUAGCUGUUGAUGAAAAGAAACCAACAAAGAAAUAUGUUGAAAGUGACGAUGAAACCGAAGAAGACGUUAUGAAAAAGAGAUUAAAUUUCUGCGAAGAUCCGGCUGUUCUGAGAGAGCGAGCCGCUGAGAGGAGAGCUUCUCAAAUGAAAAACCGUCAACCUUAUCGUCCACCGAAUCCCAAUCCCCAAAGCCAAGAGAAAAAUCGCUCAUGGAAGGAAAAACAUAAAUCAAGUCAAGGCAAUCACAAUAGAAGAUUUCUAGCGGAUAAAAAAAGAAAAUUCUGA